AUCUUUCCUACCAUCGUUCAGCAUUGCAGCAGUCUAGUGUCUGGUGAUCCAGCAUGUCUGUGCUGUGUCCUGUUUCAUUCCAAUGCCAUGGGCACUGGACAUCCUAAAAUAGCUCUGCUCUUCCUGCUUCUGCUCCACAGCAGACAGACUCCAUACUGAGCUGUUUGUGCCUAAUGGAAAGAAGCCUUCAAAACAAACAGGCCUGCUUUGAGAGACAGACCGGGGGACUGAACUGAUCUACUAGCCAGAGACUGAAUAAGGUGACCUGGGCUCAGAGUUAUAGCAAGGCUUAACAUUUACUAGCCUUUGGCCAAUGCAAUAGAACAGAGAAGUAGUGUGAGUGACCACUUUGAAAAACAUUUCAAAUUUCAAAUUUCAAAGCCACUUUUUGCAUUUAUCAUCCUUUUUAUAUUUUUUUGUCAAUUAUAUGGACUACAAGCAGUUCAUCUAGUGCAACUGUGCUCUGCAGUGAGUCAAGAGGUAUGGAUGCACUCUGGCAGGCUGUAUCAACAUUGUUACUCUGUCUAGGCUCAUGGGUAAAGUACAGCAUAGCCUAUAUUCAGAAGAGUUUAGGGUUUGAGGGUGGUUUAGCCUGGGUUAAGUGGACUUUGGCCAGGUUUGGAGUGUGGGAUCACUCUAAUGUUGAUUCACUGAGAUGUGAGCCUAAUGGCAGUCAAACAGAGGCAUGGAGAACGGACCAGGAGUCCAGGACCUAUCGUUACCAUGGUAAUGGACCAAUGGUUGCUGUGCAGACCAGCACGCACAUUUUCUAUGUUGACCUAGAAAGGCUAGCAGACUGUAGUGAGUAUUUCAGGGCUUUGUCUCACUCCUGCAUGAGAGAGACAGAAGAGCAUCUAGUGAACUUGGCCCACGUGCCCUCCAGGGUGUUCCACAGCCUCCUGCAGUUCUGCUUUCUAAAUAGAUUCAGUGUACCAGAGAACCUUAUUGAGGAGCACUUGCGGGUGAGCACCUAUCUGUUGGUCCCAGGCUUUACUAGUUGCUUGUUGAGGGCCCUCUUAGAGACCCUCACGGAGCACUCCUGCCUGGCUUAUCUGCAGUUGGCUGAGGAGCUGUGCAGCGUUGAACUCCAGGAGACUGUGCUGACCUACCUGAGCAAGAACCUUCUGGAGCUUCCCUGUCUGAGCAGAAACAUGGAACUCCACCUGCAGCAGGAGCUUCUGCGGAUGCGGUCGCGGAGCACACCGCGGCUGUGCUGCCUGAGAAAAGAGAACCUGAUCUCACGAGACAACCAGGAAACGAACACUGCGAGGAGGCUUUUCAGACUGGAAGAGGAGGAUGGGAAAUGGAGUUCUAUUACAGAGCUGCCCUUCAGCGCAGAUAAGUGGUGCUUCACCACAGCUGUCCUGUUUAAUUAUCUUUACCUCAUUGGGGGCUUUCGGCGCCGCACAAAGAGGGGGUAUGAGUUUAAGAUGGCAUCCUUCCGUUAUAAUCCACUGACAGAUCAAUGGGUGUCAACGGCUCCUCUCAUAAAGCACAGACGCCAUUUCAGUGCAGCAGUGUGUGAAGGCCAUAUCUACGCUGUGGGGGGCUGGUAUCUGGACUCCCUGUUGGCCCCCGAUUCCACCACAGGAGUGUAUACAGCUGUGGAGCGAUAUGACCCCUGGGCAGACUGCUGGGCUUUCGUCUCUUCUCUUCCUCUAACAGACUUCCAGUUUACUCUUUCCCUCUCUCACGACUCCCCGCUGACCACCAGCCUCGGAACCUGUCUCUAUGUGCUGGGGAACAUCCAGAGAACAGGGGAGAAACUGGUGCUACGUUAUGAUACAACCCAAGAUUGCUGGAGUGAGUUAUACCCCACCCUCACCCGUGCCAGUGCUGAUAUCCCCAUCCUCCACUUCCUGGGAUCCACUGACAGGUUGAUCGUGAUCGGUGGAAACAAUUUUGAAACUGUGGUGACGUCCUUUUGUGUGGACACUCAGAAGUGGGGUCAGAUCAGAAGCAUGGAGAAGACGGCUCUGAUCGGUCAAGGCACAGUGUUCAACAAUGAGGUUUACAUAUCAGGAAAUCAGGAGGACAUUAUUUUUCGGCUGAACAUUCACUCUCUGUCUCUCUCUCUGCUCCCCCCACUCCCCAUCUCCACCUGCUAUGAGAGCUUUUUUCACCUCUGCUUCUGAAUCAUGUACUAUAUUCAUUGUCAGCACCUUACAGGGGCAGCAUAAGGGUGCAUACAGGUAUGAUGUAAUGCAUAGGUUGUUUAUUAAAUAUAUUCUGAACUUGACCUGACUGGGACACUAAAACAUCUGCUGAAAACACAUGUUAUUUGUAGUAGCACCACCUCACGAGUUCACUAUUGUUUCACUGUUACAGUUCUGUGAGAAAACUUAAAAUGGUUAUCUACCAAAUAAAACUUGGCUGCUGAA